AUGAAGAUCUGCGUAGCUGCUUUGGUUUGUGGACUAGCAAUAGUCGCAGCCCAGACGACCAAUAACAGAAACACUGACGAUGGUGGGUAUUCUCGAUACCAAUACGGUCCACCAGGGUUCGGAUCCAGCGGUACUGGAUACACAGCACAAGGAAUCCCACCGGAUCCUUACCACGGAAACCAUUUCACAAGAGUCCGAUACUACAAAGCACCUAAUGGUCGAGUCUAUGCCGAGACCCCAAACGGAACAUUGGUAGACGUUAAGACUGGAUACAGGUUCCCUGCAGGGCGAGGAGGAGCUCGAAUCAUUCCAGCUGGCAACAAUUACGAAAGGAACUACCACGUAUACCCAGACGGUUCAACCUACGCUGAGAUCGACGGACGACUUCACAAGAUUGAAAAGAAGGAUUCCAACGGACGUACAUACUAUACGGAUUCUAAUGGAGAAACGCACUACCGAGUCGGAGAUCGUAACUAUUACAGACAACGAGAUGGAACCGUAUACUGGAGAGGUCCUGACGGGGUCAAACAUUUCCGCAACACAAACGAUAACAGCGAGUAUACCGAAGAUAGAUUUGGUAACCGUUAUAUCACCAGACCUGAUGGAAGCAAAUGGAUUGCGUCCAUCAACAACUGCAACUAUCGAGUCCAGGGCGACGGCACCACUACUCGUACCACCAACGAUUCAUACUGCCCCGAUCGGUUCUCCGGGACCUCACCCACCGGAGCUAAAUACGGUUCCCACAGAACGACCACGCCUUAA